AUGGUAUCUGUCGGAAUCACUCAGCGAUUCGCCCCGGCCAAGGUUGCUUCUGAUUUUGCUUCUUUAUCAUUGCAGCGCCAGUAUUACGGUUCCCGUGGUGCUGUAACUGAAUCUUGUCCGCUGUCCGCUGUCUGCUUCAUGGAAUUAGCGAUCAGUUCUUCUCUUCUUGACCGUGGCCCCCGUCUCCUUACUUUCGGUACAUUUCGUUUGGAGUUUCCAACCGAUCAAGCACCAUUCUUGUUGUCCUCGUCGCGUUACUUUGGGAAGAUUCCAAUCAACGGUGUCCGCGCAACCUCGAGGAGCGUCUCCUUGCCAGCUCAGGGAAGCCGUUUCAACCACAAUCGAAUCGAGUUCUUCUCCAAAAGCCCGUCGCGUCAGGGUGAAGUUGCCGUUGCGGUCGCAGCGGUGGUCGAUGAGGAGAAGGAAGGGACGCUCCUUCCUGCUUUGCCCCAACACCGCCAAGUUCCGAGAGAGCCCAAGGAAGGGUUUUACUUUCCAAGGCAUCCGUCGACCGGCGCCCUCGCCCGUGGAUCCGGUCCACCGCCGCAUGACUGCUGGUGUGGAAAGGAGCCGUGGUUCGCGCCCUGGGAAAGUGUAAGCAGCAGCAACGGUCGACCUGCAUUGGUCGCGCUGCCUGCGACUAUUGCUCCACCUUGGACUGCAAAGAGAGGCGCGGGGUGGGCAAAGGGCCUCUUGUGCGGAUAA